AUGACCGCAUGUCCAGGGUUGCAGACGCGUGUACAAACGUGCAAGUCGGAGAGAUGGGAUGGUGAUCGUACGUAUCAAGCUGGUCGAGCGAAUCGCCGAGAUCGAUUGAGAGUGCGGCCGAAAUGGAGCGCCGGCUGGCCCGGAGAAGCCCGAGUCGGGACUUUAUGCUUCAAUGUGCGCAAUGUAGGAUGGAGUUCGAGUAAGAUGUGA